GCCAGCUUUCUACUCACUUGAUAGCAGAACAGAGAAUACACAAAUACACUAUAGCGUGUUUGCACGAAGACGGGAUGUUUUUUUAAAAAGUUAAGAAGCCUGCCAAAGUGUUUUUGUAUGUAUAAAAUAGGAGCUGCAAUAAUCCGUCAUGUCAACGAUGGAAGAGCUUGUUGCGAGCGUGAAAGACAUCAAAUUCGAUAUUGAGACGUACAUAGAACAUCAAGUCGGAAUUCAGCCUUUACCAUUUCCUGGAAUGGAUAAGUCUGGAUCUGCCGUGUGUGAUUUCUUUUUUCAAGGUUCCUGUACAAGAGGGCAUCUUUGUCCUUUCAGGCAUACAAUUGGAGAGAAAGCAGUGGUCUGUAAGCAUUGGCUAAGGGGGCUUUGCAAAAAGGGAGAUGAGUGCGAGUUCCUUCAUGAGUAUGAUAUGUCAAAAAUGCCUGAAUGCUACUUCUUUGCUAGAUUUGGAACUUGUAACAAUAAAGAGUGUCCUUUUCUUCAUGUUGACCCAAUGACAAAGAGAAAAGAAUGUCCUUGGUAUGAUAGAGGCUUCUGUAAACAUGGUCCACAUUGCAAAAACAAGCAUGUGAGAAGAGUUAUGUGUCUGAAUUACUUGUGUGGAUUUUGUCCUGAAGGACCCAACUGUAAACAUAUGCAUCCAAGGUUCGAUUUGCCACUUUAUGAAAACAAAACAGUUCCAGGGCAAAUUAUUUGUCAUGCUUGUGGAGAACCAGGUCACAAAAUAACCACAUGUCCAGUCGUUCAACAGUUCAGAGAGAAACAAAUGGCUGGUGGUAUUCAAAUGCAACAACUCCCUAGGAGGCCAUUAGAAUUAGUAACCUGCUUUAAGUGUCGUCAGCGUGGCCACUAUGCGAACAGGUGUCCAUUUCCAGCAGCAGAACAAAACCCUAUGUACCGUCCGAGAAUGAUUAUGCAGCAGCAACAACAGUCCCUUCAAAUGCCUGUCCCAUCUACAUUUAGCGCCAUUCAAACUAUUCAGACUCUCGGUUGAUUGGAUGCAUGUUUUUCUGCGCUUGGUGAGAGACGAAAACAACCUCUGCAUUUUAUAUGGAUGCCUGUGCUCUUGUUAUAAGACGUGAAAGCUUCUAAGGGAAAAAAGUUGUAUUUCAUGGCUAUUGCAUUGUAUAGUGAAUCUUGUCUUUAACGAUGUAACUAAUUAACGUCAUAACUUUUAGUAUAUGACAAAGACUUUGGUUGCA